CGAGCAGCAGCCGAGGCAGAAGCGCGGCAAGCGGACCUUGCGCGAGCAGCCCGACGAGCUGGCAGAGCGCAGCGCCGCUUUCUGCAAGCCCCGUGUCUUCCUCCCUCCCCCCUGCAGCUUUCCAAAGAUGCCCAGCAGCAGCCCGUCGAGGCGGCUGUUCCUCUUGCUGCUGACCCUUUGCUUGGAGGCAGGGGUCUGGGGCACGCCACGCCGGACGGAAAAGACCAGGAGACAAGCCCAGCAGAUGGUUCAACCCCCCUUGCCCGCCGGCCAGAAGGGAUGCUAUGACAAUGGGCAGCACUAUCAGAUCAACCAGCAGUGGGAACGCAUUUACCUGGGGAACACUCUGGUCUGUACCUGCUACGGGGGCAGCAGAGGCUUCAACUGUGAAAGCAAGCCUGAGGCGGAAGAAACCUGCUUUGACAAGUACACUGGAGCUAACUACCGAGUAGGGGAAACGUAUGAGCGACCGAAGGACUCCAUGAUAUGGGACUGCACUUGCAUUGGAGCUGGCCGUGGUAGAAUUAGCUGCACUAUUGCAAACCGCUGUCAUGAAGGAGGUCAGUCCUACAAGAUUGGCGAUACCUGGCGCAGGCCUCAUGAGACGGGUGGCUACAUGUUAGAAUGUGUGUGUCUUGGCAAUGGAAAGGGCGAAUGGACUUGCAAGCCAGUUGCUGAGAGGUGCUAUGAUAAUACUGCUGGGACUUCCUAUGUGGUUGGAGAGAUCUGGGAGAAGCCCUAUCAAGGCUGGAUGAUGGUGGAUUGCACUUGCUUAGGAGAAGGCAGCGGACGCAUUACCUGCACCUCCAGAAACCGUUGCAAUGAUCAGGACACCAAGACAUCCUACAGAAUUGGAGACACCUGGAGUAAGAAAGACAACAGAGAGAACCUGCUUCAGUGCCUCUGCACAGGGAACGGCAGAGGGGAGUGGAAAUGCGAGAGGCAUUCGUCUCUGCAAACCAGAGGCAUAGGAACGGCAUCUGGAACCAUCACAGAUGUACAGACUGCCAUCUACAAACCUCAGCCCCAGCCUCCUCCAUAUGGGCACUGUGUUACCGACAAUGGGAUGGUGUAUUCUCUGGGCAUGCAGUGGCUCAAGACACAGGGAAGUCAGCACAUGCUUUGUACGUGUCUGGGCAAUGGAGUCAGUUGCCAGGAAACAGCGGUGACCCAGACCUAUGGUGGCAAUGCCAAUGGGGAAGCCUGUGCCUUCCCAUUCACUUACAACGGCAGGACUUUCUACUCAUGUACCUCUGAAGGCCGAACCGAUGGGACGCUGUGGUGCAGCACAACCUCAAACUUUGAUCAGGAACGGAGAUACUCCUUCUGUACAGACCAAAAUGUCUUAGUUCAGACGCGUGGUGGUAACUCCAAUGGCGCCCUGUGCUAUUUUCCUUUCCUCUACAACAACCGGAAUUACACUGAUUGUACUUCUGAGGGGCGGAGAGAUAACAUGAAGUGGUGUGGAACCACCCCAAAUUAUGAUGCUGAUCAGAAGUUUGGAUUUUGUCCCAUGGCAGCUCAUGAGGAAAUCUGCACCACCAAUGAAGGUGUUAUGUACCGUGUUGGAGACCAAUGGGACAAGCAGCAUGAUAUGGGCCAUAUGAUGAGAUGUACUUGUAUGGGAAAUGGUCGUGGAGAAUGGACCUGCAUUGCUUAUUCCCAGCUGAGAGACCAAUGCAUAGUUGAUGGGAUCACCUAUGACGUUAACCAGACCUUCCACAAACGUCAUGAAGAAGGACACAUGCUGAACUGCACAUGCUUUGGCGAAGGUCGGGGAAGAUGGAAAUGCGAUCCUAUUGACCAGUGCCAGGAUUCAGAGAGCCAGACCUUUUACCAGAUUGGGGAUUCAUGGGAGAAGCACGUUCAUGGUGUCAGGUAUCAGUGCUACUGUUAUGGACGUGGGAUUGGAGAAUGGCACUGCCAGCCUUUGAGUACAUACCCAAGUUCUACUGGUCCAGUCCAGGUGAUUAUCACAGAUGUCCCGAUUCAUCCUGAUUCUCAUCCCGUCCAGUGGGUUGCACCUGAAUCCUCUCACAUUGCCAGUUACAUACUCCGAUGGAGACAAAAAAAUUCUAGAGUGAAGUGGAAAGAGGCCAGCAUCCCAGGCUAUUUGAAUUCCUAUACUAUCUCAGGCCUCAAACCUGGUGUACUUUAUGAGGGGCAGCUUAUUAGCGUACAGCAUUAUGGCCAGAGAGAAGUCACCCGUUUUGAAUUUACCACCUCUAGUACUACAGAUAUUUCAACCCGUCCUCAAACAGGUGAAACAACAGCACUUCCUUCUGUGGUGUCUAUCUCUGAAUCUGUCACAGAAAUUACAGCCAAUAGCUUUGUAGUCUCCUGGGUUUCUGCUUCAGACACAGUCUCAGGCUUCCGUGUGGAAUAUGAACUGAGUGAAGAUGGUGAUGAGCCCAAACAUCUGGAACUUCCAAAGAACGUCAAUUCAAUUAACAUCCCCGACUUGCUCCCUGGCCGCAACUACAUUAUCAAAGUCUAUCAGAUUUCAGAAGAGGGUGGAGAAAAUCUAAUCCUGUCAACUUCACAGACAACCGCACCUGAUGCCCCUCCUGAUCACAUUGUAGAAAACGUUGAUGACACUUCAAUCCUUGUGCGCUGGAACAGACCAGAAGCUCCAAUUACAGGUUACCGAAUUAUCUAUACUCCAUCUGUAGAAGGUAGCAGUACAGAACUCAAUCUACCUGAGUCUGCUACCUCGGUGACGCUCAGUGAGUUGAUGCCUGGUGUUAAAUACAACAUCAGCAUUUAUUCUGUGGAAGACAAUCAGGAGAGCACUCCCAUCUUCAUUCAGCAGCAGACCACAGGAGUCCCACGGGCAGGUGAGGUACCUUCCCCCAGUGAGUUGCAGUUUCUGGAUGUCAGUGAUGUCAAAAUCACCGUUAUGUGGACGCCCCCAGACAGCGCAGUGACCGGCUAUCGCGUAGAAGUGAUUCCAGUUAACCGCCCUGGACACCAUGGGCAGAAGUUGCCUGUUACUAGGUAUUCCUUUACUGAGGUCAUGGAUCUUUUGCCCGGAACAACCUAUCUUUUCAAGAUCUAUGCCCUAGGACAAGGCACAGAGAGUGAACCAUUGACUGGAGAACAAACAACCAGACUUGAUAGCCCAUCCAACUUGCGGUUUGUCAAUGAGACUGAUUCAACCGUGCUGGUGACAUGGAGGCCACCUCGUGCCCGUAUUACAGGUUACUACCUUACUGUGGGCCUCACAACAGGAGGACCCAAACAGUACACUGUGGGGCCUUCUGCCACCAAGUACCUGCUGCGGAACCUACUGCCCGGCUCUGAGUACACCGUGUCUCUAGUGGCUGUCAAGGGAAACCAGCAGAGCAACCCAGAAACAGGAAUCUUCACAACUUUGCAACCCACAGGCUCCGUUCCUCACUAUAACACUGAAGUGACAGAGACAUCUAUUGUUAUUACCUGGACACCUGCGCCGAGAAUUGGUUUUAAGUUGGGUGUGCGUCCAAGCCAAGGUGGAGAAGCUCCAAGGGAGGUCAUCUCUGAAUCUGGGAGCAUUGUUAUAUCUGGCCUGACCCCUGGUGUGGAAUAUAUCUACAGCAUCACAGUCAUCACAGAUGGUCAAGAAAGUGGCACUCCUAUUGUCAAGAAAGUAGUUACAUCAUUAUCACCACCAACCAACUUGCAUCUUGAUUCUAACCCUGACACGGGAAUCCUCACUGUCUCUUGGGAUAGAAGCACAACUCCAGAUAUUACUGGAUACAGAAUUACUACUGUCCCUACGAAUGGGCAGCAAGGGCAUACUCUGGAGGAAGAUGUCCAAGCCGAAGAGACAUCCUGCAUAUUUGAACAUCUGAGUCCUGGUGUCGAGUAUAAUGUCAGUGUUUACACAGUCAAAGAUGACCAGGAGAGCUUGCCCGUUUUUGAAACCAUUACACAAGAAGUUCCCCAACUCACUGACUUAAGCUUUGUUGACAUAACCGAUACAAGCAUCGGCCUGAGGUGGACCCCGCUAAACGCCUCCACCAUUAUUGGCUACCGCAUCACAGUAGUUGCAGCAGGAGAAAGUGUCCCCAUAUUUGAAGAUUUUGUGGACUCAUCAGUAGGAUACUACACGGUUACAGGCCUGGAGCCGGGCAUUGAUUAUGAGAUCAGCGUAAUCACACUCAUUAAUGGCGGAGAGAGUGUCCCUACUACGCUGACUCAACAAACUGCUGUUCCUCCACCCACUGAUCUACGUUUUACCAAUGUGGGACCUGACUCGAUAAGAGUAACCUGGACUCCACCAGCAUCUAUUGAACUGACCAGCUUCCUAAUUCGUUACUCACCUGUGAAGAAUGAGGAGGAUGUUGCAGAGCUGUCUAUCUCGCCUUCUGACAAUGCGGUGGUUUUAACAAAUCUCCUUCCUGGCACUGUGUAUUUGAUCAGGGUCUACAGCGUAUAUGAACAACAUGAGAGUAAACCUCUGAGCGGAGAGCAGAAAACAGGGCUUGAUUCCCCAACUGGACUGGACUUCUCAGAAAUAACAGCCCACUCUUUCACUGUCCAUUGGAUUGCCCCGCGCGCUGCCAUCAGUGGCUACAAAAUACGUCAUUUCCUUGAACAAGGUGGAAGCCGACCCAAAGAAGUCCGUAUUGCCCCAUCUCGCAAUUCCAUCACUCUCACUGACUUGGUUCCCGGAGCAGAGUAUGUGGUUAGCAUUUCUGUAAUCAGUGGCAAAGAGGAGAGCUUGCCCUUGAUUGGACAUCAAAGUACAGUUUCUGACGUUCCAAGAGAUCUACAUGUCACUGCCACUAGCCCCACAAGCCUGGUCAUCUCCUGGGAAGCACCUGCCGUUACAGUUAGAUACUACAGGAUCACGUAUGGUGAAACAGGUGGCAAUAGUCCUGUUCAAGAGUUCACAGUGCCCGGACAUGUAUCUACUGCAACCAUCCCUGGACUUAAACCUGGAGCUGACUACACCAUUACCGUGUUUGCAGUCACUGGACGUGGAGACAGUCCUGCCAGCAGCAAACCGGUCACUGUCAACUAUAGAAUGGAAAUUGAUACACCAUCCCAGCUACAAGUAACUGAUGUACAGGACAGCAGCCUCACUGUGAGGUGGCAGCCUUCCUCUUCCCCGGUUACCGGUUACAGAGUGACUGCUGCCCCCAAGAAUGGCCACGGCCCCACAAAAACCAUAGUUCUCUCAGCAGAGCAAACUGAAGCUACAAUUGAGGGAUUGCAACCUACCAUUGAAUACGUGGUUAGCGUCUAUGCCCAGGGUCAAAAUGGAGAAAGCCAGCCUCUGGUUGAGACGGCUGUGACAAACAUUGACCGCCCUAAAGGACUGACAUUCACUGAGGUGGAUGUUGAUUCCAUCAAAAUUGCUUGGGAAAGCCCCCAGGGGCAAGUCACCAAGUACAGGGUGACCUACUCGACCCCUGAGGAUGGAAUCCGCGAGCUAUUCCCUGCUCCAGAUGGUGAAGACGACACUGCGGAGCUGUAUGGCCUCAGGCCCGGUUCUGAGUACACUGUCCACAUCGUUGCCUUGCACGAUGACUUGGAGAGCCUACCUCUGAUUGGGAUCCAGUCCACAGCAAUCCCACCUCCUACAAAUCUGAAGUUUGUUCAGGUGACUCCAACCAGCCUGACAGUUACCUGGACUGCACCUAACGUUCGUCUCACUGGAUAUCGAGUCAGAGUGAAUCCCAAGGAAAAGAAUGGGCCAAUGAAAGAAAUUAAUGUCUCUCCUGAUAGUACAUCUGUUGUUGUCCCGGGACUAAUGGUGGCAACCAAAUAUGAAGUCAGCAUCUAUGCCCUGAAGGACUCCCUGACCAGCAGACCUGCCCAGGGUGUAGCCACUACACUAGAGAAUGUCAGCCCUCCCCGUAGGUCACGUGUCACAGAUGUCACAGAGAGAACCAUCACAAUUACCUGGCGUACCAAGACCGAGACAAUCACUGGUUUCCAGAUUGAUGCUGUCCCAACAAAUGGUCAGAACCCAGUUCAAAGGACAAUUGGCCCUGAUGCCAGAACAUACACCAUCACUGGCCUGCAACCUGGCACUGAUUACAAGAUUUACAUCUAUACCCUGAACGACAAUGCUCGCAGCUCUCCAGCAGUGAUAGAUGCUUCCACUGCCAUUGACGCGCCUUCCAACCUACGCUUCCUCAUGACUACAAGCAACUCUCUGUUGCUCACGUGGCAGCCACCUCGGGCCAGAAUCACUGGAUACAUCAUCAAAUACGAGGAAGUUGGGGGUCCGUCUAGAGAGCUACUUCCUCGUCCCCAUCCUGGCACAACUGAGGCCACUAUCACAGGUCUGGAACCAGGGACAGAAUACAUAGUUCACAUCAUUGCUGUGAAGAAUAAUCAGAAGAGUGAAUCAUUGACCGGAAGGAAGAAAACAGUUGAGCUUCCACGUCCGGUUACAAUUCCACGACCUGGCCAUGGUGGGAACCUGGACAUUGGGGACCAGACACCUUAUCUCACAAGCAACCCGUUUGACAAUGGAAAUGGUAUCCAACUUCCAGGCACUUCUGGUCAGCAGCCUAUAGUGACUAACCCAGGCCAGCAAGUCAUUGUGGAAGUAUUUGGGUCUCAUACCCCCACAACUGCAGAGACUCCGGUAUGGCGUGUACCAGUGCGAAUCCCAGAAGUGGAUGGACCUUCUUAUCCUCACACACUUCUGCCCAAGGAUAAUUACACAACGCCCCAGGAAGCUCUGUCUGAGACAACCAUCUCAUGGACGCCCUAUUCUGAGAGCUCGGAAUACAUUAUCUCUUGCCAACCUAUUGGCACUGAAGAAGAACCGACAGAGGUGAAAGUUCCUGGCAGAUUUUCUAGUGCGACUCUCACUGGUCUUACUAGAGGUGCCACCUACAACAUCAUAGUAGAAGCAAUUAAAAAUCGAAGAAGGCAUAAAGUUCAUGAAGGGAUGGUUACAGUAGGCAAUUCUGUUUCUGAAAGAGUGGACCAACCUGCAGACGACUCAUGUUAUGAUACGUUCACUGGCUCUUUCUACUCUGUUGGGGAUGAAUGGGAAAGGAUGUCUGAAACUGGAUUUAAACUCUGGUGCCAGUGUUUAGGCCUUGGCAGUGGACACUUCAGAUGUGACUCUUCAAAAUGGUGUCAUGACAACGGUGUGAACUACAAGAUUGGUGAAAAGUGGGACAGGCAGGGGGAGAACGGACAGGUGAUGAGCUGCACUUGCCUUGGAAACGGAAAAGGCGAAUUCAAGUGUGAACCUCAUGAAGCAACUUGUUAUGAUGAGGGCAAGAUGUACCGAGUAGGAGAGCAGUGGCAGAAAGAAUACCUUGGGGCCAUCUGCUCUUGUACUUGCUAUGGAGGGCAGCAGGGCUGGCGAUGUGACAAUUGCCGCAGACCUGGGGCAGCAUCUUCACCUGAAAGUUCUCCUGGUCACACCUAUACAGAGUUCUCAGAGAAACGGAGAGAAAGCAUAAAUACUAAUGUCCAUUGUCCAAUUGAGUGCUUCUAUCCUCUACAUCUACAAUCAGACACGCAAACCCGACGAGGAGAUUAACACCCAUCGAGAUUUAAUAUCAGCCAAGAAGAGUCUACUUGCCAAGACCAUCCAUGCUAGAAUACUGCUAGAAAAAAAAGCAGAUCUGUCUUAGGGUUGCCAGAGUCCCUUUCUCAGCUUCUGCUCACUUCACAGCUUCUCCAAAGGAGACCCACUCUUGGAGCGCCCCAAGACUUCUCUUCACAACCGAUAGCUGUAUAUUGUCUGUUUGUUUUUUUGCUCAGAGUGUUUCAAUACCAUUCAAUAUUCCCCGACCCCCUCAAGACAACUCAUACUAACUCAAACUGCUCAGCAAUAAGUAAACAUACGUGGGGGCCCAUUAUGGGAUGGGAGAAAGAGCUCCCCCUACCACAGGAAAAAAAAUGAAUGAAAAUCCAAAAUUCUAACUUCACCAAAUUGCGCAGUUAUCAAUAGGAACUGCAUACCCUGUCACUGUGAUAUUUAAAGUAUGCACAGUCCUAAAUCUUUCUAAAUGAUCCUAAUCUCUUUCCCAAGCGGUAUGUUUGUAUCUCGUACUGUUAUUUAUCAACAUUGAUCUUCCUUCCCUGCUUCCUCCCUGCCUCAGUGUUUUUCUACAGGAAAAUAUAAUGAAGACACCGUUGACAGAGGAAUUUGGUAUAAUUAUGAUCAGUGAAUAUUUUUUAUACUGUAAGUGCCAAAGCUUUACUACUGUGGGAGACAACUCUUUUAAUAAAAAGUUUUACAAACCA